UAUCACACGCCGUGCAAAUACAACCGACACUCGUAUUGAAAAACCUAAAUAACUAUCAAUAAAAACGUUAAAACAAUGUCGGAACAUGGUUUAAGUUAUCAAGAAGUGAUUCCGGAUCAAACGCUACCAGUGACAUGGAAGGAAAUCGAUUUAAACACCGGCGGCACGCAAAGCACUCUUCAAGAUAUCAAAAUUCCUGAAAAAGCGAAUGGAUAUUGCUUUAAGGACACUUCCAGAUAUUUGACAAGAAAUAGAUUUAUCUAUUGGCGGUUGAAUAAUGAUGUGUUAGAGUUAGUUGAAGAGAGUCUAGACAUUAAUUUAACAAACAACAGACUUAAAUACAAGUUCAGGGAUACUCCUAUUUUGGAUGGUAUUACUAUUCAUGAGACACAAUCAAAUGUGAUCAUUUUGGUGCCAACUGUAAGCAGUAUUCAUAGGCUGACAUUUUUGCAUCCAAGUAGAUUACACAAACAAGAUGAUUUAUCAAGUCCACAUCCUGAUCUUUCAAUACCUUCAAUUUUUGCUGAUGUUCAUGUUAUGCAAAACUCCAACAGUUUUUAUGUUUACACAGCACCAACAACAGCUAAUUCACAGUUGCCUCAUGCUGCUGCAUCUUGUUUGACUCAUGAAGAGGAAGCCAUCUUUACUUUGGCUUAUCCUAGUGGUGAGUUAUUGUUGGUGAGACAACAACCUGAUGGAAGAGGUGAAUCAAUCGAGUUGCAAAGCGAUACGAUCGUGUCAAAGUUCUUUUCCGGGAUUUUAAGAAGCAAAAACAGUGAGAAUAUAAUUAUAAGCAUGUUGGUGCACACAAUUGGAUUGGAAACCUACGCGAUCACUUUGUAUCGAGAGGGUCAAAUCAAAGUUUGGGACUGUACGAAAUUACAAUGUAUUGCAGUUGAUGUUUCCUUGCCAGAAGCAAGAGCACCACAUGAUACAUCAUUAAAAAAUACGCAGUGUCAAUUAUUAAAACAAGUCGUCGGGGCAGAAGAAAACGAAUUUAUGUUCGCAGUUUAUCUGAAUAUGGAUAACAAUAAACAUUUCAUCAUUUUGAAACCUGUGAUGGUUAGAAAUCAAUUUACCAUCGUUAAAGUUACACAAUUGACUUCAAUACCAGGUGAUUUGAUUGAUUACGCAUUAACACCAUCCCGAAUUUGGUCAAUUUGGCGUUCGCUAGAUGGCGAAUGGAGUUUGUAUUCUGGCCAAUAUAACUCAGAGGAGACAAAUGAUGAUUUUGUUUGGACACCGGUUGUGCUUGAACCGCUUCCUAACGCUCAGGAACUUCCUUGUGAUGGUACAAUUGACCCACGUCAACAAUAUCUCGAUUAUAUUUUUUAUCCUGGCAGAUUUCCACUGCAAAUCAUCAGUAAGGCGCUUAGCAUAUACAAACGUUCUUUAAUGAUACCUGACAUCAGUUUGUCUGUAAGUGUUCUCAAACAGAAAGUUUGCGCAGCGGUACAAAGCGAAAUCGAAGAAAAACUUCAAGAAUCUGAGGUUAAUGAUGAGUUUUAUCUUGAAGAAGCAAUGUGCUGUUGGACUCGUUUUUACUCCUGCGUUGUUCAGUACCAUGUGGCUGCUUUAAAACCUCUUGGAAUGUUACUGCUGCCACCUGUAUCCGGCGCAGUCUUGAUCAAAAAAGCUUCUUAUUCAUUUUUGCGUCCAAUGGACGUCCUCGAACAUCUCGUAAAUGUGCCUGAUUUAAAUCGUGCUGCACUUCUUGGCAACGCUCAAAUUUCAAGCAACAAUGAAGAAAUACAAGAUUUAAUCAAAUUCGCCGAUAUUUUCGAUCUCAUCGAUGAGAGCCUGAACGAUUACCAUAAGGAAAUGUUUGAAAACAAUAUGGCGCUUGCCGUACCACCACUGGAAGCUGUCGAGGAAAUUGUGCAUGAUAUUCUCACCGAAGAAUUCUUGCAUUAUUUCGAACAUAAAUUGAAACUUAUCUCUGAUGUGUAUAUCACCGUUCAUAAAUUAUUGGAACUCCUACGGAUGGACGAAUCAUCACCGGAUGUUUAUUUGUCGAAGAGCACGAGAUCAUCAAUAAUGCAUUUAUUUAGUUCGAAUCUGGGUGCUUCGAUUGUGAGCCAGAGUUUUGCACAGCAAAUUGCAACCAAGUUUGGCAUUUGCAGGAAUAUGUUGAUCUUUAAAGCUGUGGUUUUGAAGGAGGAGAAUGCGUCUAAUUAUGAAUCACUGCGGAGUGUGUGUAAAUUGGAUAUUGAAGUACAUUUGAAUAGUUAUUAUGUGUUGUUGUGGUUGACACAACAGGCAGCUACCAGUAUUCUACCCUUGGAAACACAAAAUCAACGCCUUUCUUCAUUGAAAUUGACUCCUGUAUUUCAUCUGAAGAACAAUACUCAACACUUGGUGUCUCUUAUUGAGAUGUAUGUAGCUUCCAAUGGCGGUUGUGACGCUCACAAAGACUUGUGGGAGUAUGAUUUCGAUGAGGAGAAAUUGGCGCAUUGGCACACUUCAUUACUGCCGUACUUAACACGUCUGACUUUAUUAAUUUGGCCUGAAAAUGGGAAACCUCACUUUAUGGAAUGGCUGCUUUCAAGUGGACAGCACCUGCACCUUCAGAGAUACAUAAAUCUAUUGCAUCCAUGGUGUUGCAGUGGAACAUUAAACCAUUCAUUUUACGCCGGUAUAUCGUAUCUCAAUACCGGUGAGAUUCAUAAGGCGUACGACUUCUUCAACAGCAUCUUUGAGGAGUUUUCCCCCGAUGAAUUUGUGGUGCGACGCAUUACUGAACAUGCACCUCAUCAGGCUUUAAUAUUGUUUAACCUCAAAAUUAUUCAAAUGCUUGAAUUGCACGGCGCACGAGACUACGCAAUUAAAGCAGCGGAAGAAGCUCUUACUCGCAUCAGUGACGACGAACCGCUCAAACCAACUUUGUAUUCGAUUCUUUUCAAACAUCAUCUAGCUCUGGGUCACUAUGAAAAUGCUUUCCAGGCAUUGUGCGUCAACCCAGAUGCUGACAGAAAGAAAGAUAACCUGAGAGAUUUGGUUAAAACUUUGCUAGAUGCGGGACAUGUUGAUAUUUUGAUGACUUAUGAUUAUGAAGACUUGGAAGAACUCUUUUUAAGUAUUUUGUACACCAGAGCCCGAGCGAUUGAUACCGUGGAGAAUAUCUACUAUGAUUUUCUUUAUGCUUAUAGUGUGAAGAAAAAUAUGUGGCGAUUUAGUGCAUCAGUCAUGUACGAACACGCCUAUCGCCUCACCUACCAAUCAUCGAUCGAGGCACUUGAGAAACACGUAAAAUGUCUUCUCAUGGCAGUUAACUCUUUAUCAUUGGGUGAUCCACAAUUCUCGUGGGUGUUGAAACCGGCUGAUCCUGAUCUUGAAGAGGAAGAGCAUAUUCUCCCUGCACAAAUCGGUUCCAAAAAUGAACCACUUAUCCUCCGGUAUCGCAAAAAAGUCGAUAUAAUUGAUUUGGCAGGCAUUAAAAAAGAACUAAUUUUUGGCAAAGCCAGACUACAACUUACAAAAAUAGAAGAAAAGUGUGUUGCACAUUUGAUUACGUCUCCGGAAGAGUUGGUGAUGUAUCUCAGCAUGGCUGGUAUAUUUAAAACGGCGUUCAAUGUUUGUAAAGUCUUCGACUUGGGUUAUGAUAUCGUGUUUGAGAACUUAACCUACAAAUGUUUUGAAUUGAAUCAACGCGACGAACCGGAGACUUGGAAUUGGUUGGCAGAAAAUGAUAUUCACGAUUUUGAUUUUAUUCCUAAUUCACCGAGGAAUAUGAUUUGGAUGAUGUUGGAGCGUUAUCUGGAUCAGUACGAAGAAGCAGGUUUAUCGAGAUAUUAUCGUAUUGUCACUGAAAAGUUAUUACAACUCGGUGACUAUCCACCAUUUUGGUUAAUCGCGGCAUAUAAGAAACGUAAUCCUGGAGAAUUAUUAAGAGUGUUUUACUAUCACGGGUGGCUCAGAGUUGCCGCCAACAUGGCGAUGGAGUAUAUCAGUGCCGCUCUAGGCUACGGCCCUGAACAUUUUGGUCUAAAACAAACUCUGACCACAAUGGCACCGCCCAUGUCCAUUAAUCUUCCGUUAAAUGUUAUUGACGCGUUGAUUUAUGAGAUGGGAUUGCAAAAUAAGGAUAAUCCAGAUAAACCACUUGAAAAGGAGUACGUAUUGUUGAAAGAGUUAUUCAUCAAGUACAUUGAUACAUCUACGCGGAUUUCUGCUGAGGUGUGUCAACAUAAAAUGAGCGCAGUUGCGUAAAUCGUUGAAUCUGAGUCUGUUAGGUAAGUAAAGUAAGUUCGUUACAUGUUUGUAAUUUUGUAAGAAAAUAAAAUCCGGAAAUACUUAUUCCACGUAA